UCGUUGGUUUGUUCAGAUUGAAAGUUGUCCACCUGGAAGCAGUUGGGAUUACAUUGUAGACAGCUUUUCUCACAUUUCUUCUGGAGAGAUGAGGCGAAAAGAAAAGCGACUACUGCAGUUCGCAGGGUUGCUUUUAGCGGCUCUUCUUUUCCUGCCGAACGUUGGUCUGUGGUCAUUAUAUCGAGACCGAGUCUUUGAGAACUCGCCAGAAAUAGUGGAGGGACCGGGUGGCAUCCCUCAAAUACAGGGAGUAAACGUCAGGCCCCGGAAGAAUGCCCAGAUGGGGCGGGACGGCGUGCGGAGGAAGGACUGGCACGACUACGAGGCAAUCAGGAGAGACGCUGCUCGCUCUGGUAACGGGGAGCAGGGGAAGCCCUUUCCUCUGACCGACACUGACCGGGUGGACCAGGCCUACAGGGAGAAUGGGUUCAACAUCUAUGUCAGCGAUAGGAUCUCCCUCAACCGCUCUGUCGCAGACAUCCGGCACCUAAACUGUAAACAGAAGCUGUAUGGGGUGAAGUUGCCCAACACCAGCAUCAUCAUCCCAUUCCACAACGAGGGUUGGUCAUCCCUGCUCAGGACAGUACACAGCGUGCUCAACCGCUCGCCCCCUGAGCUCAUCGCUGAGGUCAUACUGGUGGACGACUUCAGCGACAAAGAGCACCUAAAGGGGUCUCUGGAGGAGUACAUGGUGCGGAUGCCCAAGGUAAGGAUUCUGCGCACCAAGAAGAGGGAGGGGCUCAUCAGGACCCGUCUGCUGGGGGCAGCGGCUGCCAAGGGAGAGGUCAUCACCUUCCUGGACUCCCACUGUGAAGCCAACAUCAACUGGUUGCCCCCGCUGCUGGACCGUAUCGCCACGAACAGGAAGUCCAUCGUGUGUCCUAUGAUCGAUGUGAUUGACCACGACAACUUUGGCUACGAAACGCAGGCGGGCGACGCCAUGCGAGGGGCGUUUGACUGGGAGAUGUACUACAAACGCAUCCCCAUCCCCUCGGAGCUGGCAAAAGAAGACUCUAGUGAACCCUUCGAGUCUCCUGUGAUGGCUGGCGGACUCUUUGCCGUGGACAGGAAGUGGUUCUGGGAGCUGGGAGGAUAUGACACAGGACUGGAGAUCUGGGGAGGAGAGCAGUAUGAAAUCUCUUUCAAGGUGUGGAUGUGUGGCGGGCGUAUGGAGGACAUCCCGUGCUCCAGGGUGGGUCACAUCUACAGGAAAUACGUCCCCUACAAGGUCCCCGGCGGGGUCAGCCUGGCUAGGAACCUGAAGCGAGUGGCCGAGGUAUGGAUGGAUGAAUAUGCAGAGUACAUCUACCAGCGGAGGCCAGAGUACAGGCACCUGUCAGCAGGAGACAUGACGGUGCAGAAGGACCUGAGGAACAGCCUCAACUGUAAGAGCUUCAAGUGGUUCAUGACAGAGGUGGCCUGGGACCUACCCAAGCACUACCCACCUGUGGAGCCCUCUGCUGCCGCCUGGGGAGAGCUGCGCAAUGCAGGCAGUGACAUGUGCAUGGAGAGCAAACACUUUUCGUCUGGGUCGCCCGUCCGCCUGGAGACAUGUCUGAAGGGGCGGGGUGAGGCCGGGUGGAGCCAUGGACAGGUGUUCACGUUUGGCUGGCGGGAGGACAUCCGGUUGGGGGGCCCCAUGCACACCAAAAAGGUCUGCUUCGAUGCAAUCUCCCACAACAGCCCCGUCACCCUGUACGACUGCCACGGCAUGAAGGGCAACCAGCUGUGGCGCUACAGGAAGGAUAAAAGUUUAUACCACCCCAUCAGUAACAGCUGUAUCGACAGCAACCCCACAGAGAGGAAGGUGUUCAUGAACACGUGUGACCCCAGCAUCCCCAGCCAGCAGUGGGUGUUUGAGAAGACCAACACCACCGUCCUGGAGACGUUCAACCGCAAUAGCAACUGACACCAGUAGUGGUCAGCACUGAGACUGAACCUGAAUUCCACUCACUCUGGAACUGUGUUUUUUCACUAAGACAGAAGUGGGCUGUUGUCUAGGGGGAAAGGAAGUGAAGGGGGGACGGGGGGGUAGCAUUAGCAUGGGCAAGCCAGUCUAGAUGCAUUAGUUAUUGGGAGAUGGAGAAGGGUUGGCGCCUGAGAGGCUCUUUCUCUGUGGUUGACAGACUGGUCUCUCGAUACGGAGCGGUGACGGUGUCUUCCUGCGUUAGGGGGAUUAGGUCUGUCACAGCACGGUCAUUCUGGCGGUGGUCCAUCUCACUUCUGCUUCUCCGUGCCUCUCUCAGACGACACUGCCCAUACGUCCGUCUCCAUCACCCUGCAUGAGUGCGCCUCUUGCUCAGUCACUUUCCCUCCAUUCCCCUCAUGUGCCGCCCCUGCGCUGACAGCCCCCCCUGAGACUCCAGCUGAGCCAAACCCAAACUGACACUCUGUGAAGCCAUCCAGAACCAACCACUCUGAAAAGCACCUUGUGUUGAUUCUUGUUUUUGUUUUCUUGUUAUGCACUUGGCUAGCAUUUUCUCUUUCUUGGUUUCCUCUCUAUAGCGUUGAUCAAAAGUCCAAAUGAGAGGGGUAAGAAAAGGCCCUCAUCUUUUAGGACGUGUAUUUUUUUAGAUCUGAAUGAAUAAUACUUUAGUAGCAGCACUUUGUCUCAGCACUUAUCUAAUCGAAGGACUGUGAUUUGAAUCCAGUGAUGGAUACAAAGAUCUUCUGCCAGAUGAUUUGUCCAUAGAGGGAACUGUAAGGACUCUAACUACUGUCCCAUCACCUGAACAGAGGCUCCCGCUGCCUUCUGGGAUGAACCCCAGCAGCCUCUGGAAUGACCUCAUCAUGAAACACACUGAGGUCAGCAGCACUGAAACAGUAGACAGACCAUGCUGGCUUCUCAAACACAUCAGGAGUGACUAUAGACUGGUUUGCCCAGGAGGAGGGUUGGUGAAGGGUAUUAUAGGUGGUUUAAGUGCAUGAAGCACUUGCAAUGAUAAACUUGAAUGAAAAUCUUAGUGCCUUGCUGGAAGAGAGCAGGAGUAAAUACGGCCUGGUCUGACUCGGCCUGGCCUGGUGCCCUAUUCCAGUCAUCCUCCUCCUACACUGCCUCAGACUGACUGAGAUGGUGGAGAGAGAGAGGGAUCUGAGGUGACACUGGCUCUUAACAAUGGACAGGGUUCUACAACAGAAAUGUAUUUGUAAUGUCAGUGUAUAGCUGAAGAGACUAGCAAACAACUAUCUGUUCUCCUGCCUUUAAAAGUUAACAGCUUCCCUGAAAAGACCCUCUUUAUGUUUGUGGCAUGUCACCAACAUGCCAAUUUGUUGUUAUGAUCAACAGACCCAAUAGUUUUUCAAGGUCUACAAUGAACAUUCAAGCAUUGAUUUAAUAUUGGUUUCCUGUUCUUGUUUUGGGUUUAGGUUUUUUAGCGUUAUUAUGAGUACUUAGCAUUUCUUGUUUUCUUUCAGUUUUUUGUCUUUGCUUAGCCAAUGAAUAUUGUUUGUAUAUCAAAUGCAAUUAAGUUUUGACCUGGAUGUUCAGAAAGACUGCUUACAUUGCCUGCUGUAUAGUUAUGUUCCAGUCUGUUCCAGUCUCUCUCUUUUCCUGCGAAAUAAUUCCAAGGCAGAGUGCGUGUUUAGCCUUAGGUGUUUGUCUGCAGCAGAAAAAGUUAUUAGGGCGAAACAUCGUCACCUUAAGGCAAAGCCGGAUGUGAUAUGCAUGAUGCAAUGAUCACACCCUUCAUCAGUCCAACUCUCAUCCUAUCCCUUUCAGAAAUCGAUAUAAAUCAAAUUAACAUAAAGGGAAUUCCAUAAGGAAAGAUCCAUGUGGCACAUUAGUAUGAGAUGCUGCACAAUGAGGCUUUGAUUGGGCAGCAUCUUUGUUGCACAGUCAUGGAACACUAUGUUCUUUCUCCUUAUAAAACUGAAAUGUAGCUAGGACUGGCUGGGGAAUCCCAAGUUGGUUACUUCCAUUGGUUUCCCUUUCCAAAAAUGUUUAGUUUUAUCCCGGCAAGUAAGCAGCAUGUAUGGAAGACCAAAGCUUUUAAAUAUUAUGAUAAAAAUGGACUUGUUCAAUUUUAUUAGUUUUUGGUCAUUUAUCCUUGUCUUUGUGUUUUACACUUACGCUGCAACUUUUUCCAAGACAAAAUAUUCAUUUUCCAAUUAUUCCAGCUAAAUACAUUUCACAAUUAUGCUUACAGAAUUAUUGUAAGCAUAAUUGUUGUAAUUUAAGCAGAUUGUCUCAUCUUUUACACUAAGUUGUAAUUUAAGCAGAUUGUCUCAUCUUUUACACUAAUAUUGUAGGUGUAAAUGGUAAAAUCCUUAACACAGUUUAAAUUACCAUCAUAGAACUAAGACUGGAAUUCAAUCAAACCAGCACUGCGGAAAACUCUAUGGUCAAAAAUGUGACCAUUUCCAUUGGAUUUUGAUUUAGUCCUUUUUCUCUUGUUUGAUAUUCUCUUUCAAAUGCUCCACGGCUAGGUCCAUGACUCCCAAUGUGCUCACAGCUCUCACAAUGCUAGAAUGAUGGGUCGAAAACAUGUUUAUGUUCAAGCAUUGAAGUUUGUAGUAAAGUUAUGUUUGUUUCUGAGGGAAUAUAAACAGGGUUGUUUUACCUGUGGACAUAAUAAUCAUCUUUCAAAGGUGGUAAGAUCCCCCAAAUCCAUAGCAUUUUAUUGUUCUGUUUGGAACAAGGAUAUUUGCAGUACAUUGACCCUGUCCAUUGCACAUGUAAAAGGCAUUUGAUUGUCAUAUGAUUUAUAACUUGGGUUGGAGGUGGUGAAACCUUUUUUUAAAUUGUGGUUUUAAACAUUUUAUACAGUGCAAAUUUGUUUCAUGAUCUUGUGUUUUGAAUUAAAUAUUCAGCUAAAAAUGUGAAGACAAUACUUAUUUUUUAAAUUAAACUUGAUGUCUAUAGGCCCAGUGCAGAUAAAUGUGAUUUUCCUGUGUUUUAUAUAUAUUUCCAGAGGUUGGAAUAAUACUGUGAAAAUGAUAAUUCCCAUUUAGUGUAAGAGCUAUUUGAAAAGACUGCCUGAAAUUUCAGCCUGUUUUGGAGGGAUGGAGUUUUGCCCUGCCUGGCGACAUCAUCAGGCGGUACAAGUUAAUAGAUCAAUAACAGAGUUUCAAACCGCUCUGCCAAUAACCUAGUUUUCAGGUUUCAUUAGGCCAAUUGUCCAAUUGGGCCUCUCACUCAGACCACUCCCAGACAGUCUUAGCAAAAUUCUUGCCUGAAAAAUUGCUCUUUGCCAAGAAGCUAUUUUUAUUUUUCACCAUUUGAAUUCAAAACAAUCACAGUAAGCUACUCAAUUGUUAGCCAGAAAUGAUUCGAUAUUGAGAUAAAACAGCUGCAUUGGACCUUUUUUAAAGUGGCAAUAUGUAACUUUUUGGGCGACCAGACCAAAUUCACAUAGAU